AUGGGAAGUAAUUCCCAGAAUGAGAGCAUUUCUAGAGGAGUCAAGGAGGCACGUUGCCCCCAAAGGGAUGUGAAGGAGAUGCUGAAGGAUACUGAAUGUCAUUUCACAUGGAAACCAGAUGAGCAUGGACAUGUUCCCCCUGAAUCCAGUUAUAUUUCCAAAAUUGAAGAGAAGCAAGUCAUACAUGAACAAGAUAAUGAGCCAAUUUUGAUGGCAACUCAUGGCCUUUUGCUGGCCUAUGAAUACAGUCGGCAAGGUGAUCUCAGCAAAGCACAUGAUACUCUACAAGGCAUCCAAUCUGACAUUGCAAACAUGGAUGAUUCUACACCUGAAGAAAUAGAGGCUCUUCAAUACCUCAUAAACUGUAGUCUUGCCCAUGUAUAUUUCCUCAUGGAGGAUCCAGAUACAGCCAAUGAGAUCCUUCUUGAGACUGUGAAAUAUUCUGACUCAUCAGAAAAAGUCAAAGCUCAAAUCCUCAGUGCAAAAGCUGAUGCCUUUUCUGUGUAUUCUGCAGAAUCAUUUUCAUAUGCCCUUGAUUUGUACAGGGAAGGAGUGAUAUUGGAUCCAGAAAACUACACCCAUCACUUGGGAGUGGGAAAGAUGUUGAGGAGGAUCCGUCGCAUUGAAUCCCUUGACAAUGUACCAACAAAUGAAGAAGUAAUGGCACUGAGGAAGGCAGUUGAGAUUAAGAGGUGUCAAAGCAGUUUGGUAUUUCUUGCCGAGUCACUGAGGGAGUAUGCAAAGGCUAUAUACAGAAAAGAUCGCAAUCUGGCUGCCAAACUUAAUGAGGAGGCCCUUGCCCUGUACACAGAGGUUUCUAGAGACCCAUCCAUUAAUGCCAAUAGCUUGGUGAGAUGUGGAGAUGGCUUCUCAAGACUUCCAGCUUAUAUGAAAGACCUGGACAAGGCAGAAGAGUGCUACUUGAAGGCACUUGACCUCUGCCCAAGCAACACCACAGGGAAUCAUAAACUGGGUGUUUUCUACCUGAAGCAGAACCGAGAACUAGCAGAAAAAUAUUUGCUGGCUUCCAUCAACCCCUCUCAUGGCAAUAAAAACUUCUCUGCACAUGCAACAUAUGUCAGUUUGAAGUUGGAGGAUGAUCCAACAUUUGAUGUUGGCACUGAGUGGCAACACAUGGUGGAGAGAUACCCUGAGAUCUUGGACCAGCUACGGCUUCACAUUUUGCAAAUGCAAUAUUUCUCCCAAUUUGACCCAGAAAUUGGACUUCAUCAUGCUGAAAAUACACUUGACACCUUGCUACAAUUGAAGAAAGCUGUGCAGACAUUUGGGUGCUCCCAUCAUUUGUCACGGAAUGGGCAACGCCUGAAGGUAAGAUACCCACCCAAGAAGUUUGCCCAUGAACAUCUGCUAGAUGGCCUCCAGUACCUUCAGCAACGGCUCCCACAUAAGUGUGAUAUGAUCAAUAGUAUGACAGAGAGGCUCACUGUGUGGAUGGACACAUAUGCUUUAGGGUCAGAAGGCAUAAGCAAAGCUCCAUCAGCAUCCACUUCCACAUAAGAAAAGAUCAUGAGUGUUGCAAUUCUUUGCAUUCAUACUUUUCAAAUUUAAGACACUGAAUGAGACUUACAUCUUCACUUGGUGCAUCCGCUUUUGUUUUCUUGCCCCU